UCACAAUAACAUGAUGGGGUUGAUCUUCUCAGAUGUAGAGAAAGUUAUGGAAACCAAUUUCGCCUUCUUUUGAUGACAUUAUGGCUGGAAAAAGAAGAGCUGACCAAAGCCUCAUAGAUGCACAUAGAUCAAGCUUAAAAUCACAGAGACUGGUGCAUUCAGAUAUUGAAUUAUCAGCUUUUCUAAGUGCUAGCACUGACAGCGUGCCCAUACAUACGAGAUUAUGGAGGAGAGCCUUCAUUGACAAGCUUGGUAUUGGUGCAAGACGCAAGGAAUCUCCUGAGAGUCUAAUCAAAGAGUGGAGCUUGUCAGUGUUACCUGAAGAAUGUCUUCAAGAAAUACGCACAAUGCUUCCAAAAGUAGCUACUUGUUUUAGAAACGUGGACUUUGAUUCCUUAGAGGAGAUCAGGGAAGCUGUGAGGUGUGAUGGACUUCCAACUGAUUUGAUGAAACUUGUUAAAUUUGACACCGAUUUCCGAUAUCCAGGAUCUGAAGGUGCUUCAACAUUUGGAGCCCGUGCUGAAGACUUCAUAUUUACUUUGGCAUAUAUCAUGGAAAGCUGUAGAGAGGAUGAACAUUUUCUAAAAUGGCAGUACCAGAUUUUGUUUGACAAAUUUCUUCAAAUCUUUGGAAUGAAAACAAUUCAGCAGCCAUUUAUAAAAACCCAAAAGUCUCUGAUACUUAAGAAAGCAGUGAAUUCUGAGCCAGAUAUUUUAUGCAUGACAUCAGAUCCCAGAAAGGGGCGCUCUGUCAUAGCUGUUUGUGAGGUUAAUGUAAAAGAUAUAAAGAGUAAUGAGAGAGCUGAUUCUUCAUCAUCACCAAACAGAAUGCACAGAUCCCCCUCUGACGUGAACUCCAGUGUUCCAGCUGGUUCUCCGGAUUCCUUUCUGGCCUGUCAUCUGGGUGAUCUGUUAGUGUACAUGGACAGAUCAGUGUCCCCCAGGGCCGUUCUGGGAAUGACCGUGGAACAAACCAGUGUACGAUUCACUUUACUGCAUUCUGAUGAAAGUAUGUUGGAGAGAAUUAAGAAGUCUGAUGGGUCUGUAAGAUUUGACACAGAAGAAGAAGAGAGACCCAUGUUUUAUUACAGUAAACCUCUCAAUUAUCUAAAAAGGAGAGAUCGUUUGGAACUCAUGGAGGCUUUACUUCAAAUAAGAAUGAUGCAAAAAAAAUUUGAGCAGUGAUUGCCUUUUGUUUGCAUUAAAAUGCAUAGCUGGGGCAUAAUGUGUUGCCCCUCUUGGCCAUUCCAUCUUUGUUAGCUUUAUGAACGUCUUGUUUUAUUUUGGUGUAAGACAGUAGUGUGAUACACUGAUGCUUCUAUCAUGAUGCUUGCCCCAAUAUGAUUUUAAUAACUACAUGUAAUAUUGAAAAGAGUAAAGACUUGAUGUGGCAAUUUUGUUUUCUGUAUUUUUUGGUCCAUAUAGCAUGUAAUUUUGAGUCCCAUAUUGUGUUGUUAUUAAAUACAGAUCAGUUUCCAACAUAUUAUAUAAUCUCAAGGAAGCGGGAUGGUCCAUCAAA